CUAGGUCACGACAUGUCCUACAACGCGGAGUUUCGAACGGGUGCCAUUUCGUUUGUCGCAAUGCAGGUUCGAACGUUGUUUGUUCUGGUUCAGCUAUGGAUGUACGUUUCUGGUCAUGGUCAUGAUCAUGCUCAUAGUCAGGAACCACCGCACUAUAAGUAUUCUAAGGAAGCUAACGUUGCGCACAAGGAAAUUCACGUACCUGAAAAACGUGAAGAUUCUUCUGAACAACUAUGGAUCGAAGUAUUCGGGGCUGUAUUACUCAUCAGUGUCGCCCCUUUUAUUAUAUUGUGCCUGAUACCAGAUUUAAACAAGCACCGUGGCUUCCUCAAAAUUCUUCUUGCAUUUGCAGCUGGUGGUUUAUUGGGAGAUGCAUUUCUCCACUUAAUUCCUCAUGCACUGGAGAGUGGACAUUCCGAUCAUAAUCAUGCACACGGAGAGAACACAAACGAACAUGAUCAUAAGCGCCACUCCUAUGUUGGACUUUAUGUUGUUGGUGGAAUUUUUGCAUUCUUGUGCGUCGAAAAGUGUAUUCGACUUUUUAGAAAUGACCAUUGUGGAGGGCAUUCGCAUCAUGCAGUGUCUAAUGCUAAUGGGGAAACUAAAGGAAAGAAUAAGAAAAAGAGUGAAGAUAUCAAAAGUGAAAAUAAAACAAAACCCGUAGAUUUCAAAGUUGCUGGAUAUCUUAAUUUGGCGGCAGAUUUUACGCACAAUUUUACUGAUGGACUAGCUAUUGGUGGAUCGUUUCUUGUUAGUAGAAAAGUUGGUUUAUUGACUACUUUCACUGUUCUGUUACAUGAACUUCCACACGAGAUUGGAGACUAUGCUAUACUUAUACAGUCGGGAUUUUCUUCACGUAAAGCUAUGCUUCUUCAAUUAGUCACAGCUAUCGGUGCACUAUUAGGUUCAUCGGUUAGUUUACUUGCUGCUCGUAUUAGUAUUGGUCCUAUUGUUUUUGAUCCUAAUAUAUUACCAAUUGUAACAGAUGAUAUUGUUAUUGGUUGUAUUCUACCAUUUACUGCUGGUGGUUUUAUUUACAUUGCUAUGACUUCUGUACUACCUGAUCUAUUGACAGCUAAUAAUACUGUGAAUACAACAAAAGCACAAAACAAUGGAUUUAAAUUAUUCAUUCAAAGUAUCUUGGAAAUAAUUUCUCUCAUUGGUGGUGUUGCAAUGAUGGCUGCUAUUGGAACAUUGGAAUAAAAAGAAAAAUAUGUAUACAUAUACAGAAGAUGAUAAUGUCGGUCUAUACGGAAAAUGUAGUAGUGUUGUUACUGCAGUCCAUCCUUUUUGUGUAUGUGCAUACUAGUACUUUCUUACUGCAAUCUCUAGUCCUCCUCCUCCUCCUCCUGUUGUUAUUGUUGUUAUUGUUUUUUUCUUCAGCUGGUUUGUAAAAUUUUGUAAUAUCUAUUGUUAUUAUUAAGUGAAGCAAUGAAUAUUUAGAGAAGCAUUUUCAAUGUACAAAUGUUACAAUCAGAAAUGCAACUGUUGCAACGCUUUAAUGCGUACAGCUUUUCCCUUUUCCACCUCCCCUCCAAUUAUAUUUUCCGGUUAUAUUUGAUCUUUGUUUAAAUAAUUUUUGAUUUCAUUUAUUAUUUGAUAAUAAUUUUGUAAAAUGUUUGAUAUACAUAAAUAUAGUUUGCUUCUAUCUUCACUUCACUUCAUCUUAUUAUGUGGGUUUAAAUGGUCUCAAUUAAUUUCUUCUAAUUUUCAUGUUGUGAUCAUUUUUUUAAAUCGCGUGUUCACAUUAAUUAUUAUUCAAAACAAAGGACUCCUAGCCAAAAGAAAAAAUCAUAUUUCUAUCAUCGAUUUUUUUAAAAAAAAAUUUGGUAUGGAAUAUAUCUGUAUUUUGUAUUUAUUAUUAAUAAUAAUAAUAAUAAUAAUAAUAAUAAUAAUAAUAAUAAUAA